AAUCUUGCAGUCCCGGUUAUCUCAAUGCCAGCAUAUAUUUCGUCUCUAUUAUCUGCAUCCGUAGAGUAUUUGCACCCGGCGUGGUGGCCGGCCAUCCAAGUACCGUAAUCACAUGUGUGGGUGGGUUACUUGAUUGGCCGAGGCCAAAAGGCCAACAUUCCCGAUCUCACCUCUGGCAGCCGUCCAGAUUGGGCGCACACCGAUGGGCGCUCCCCGCGAUUUCUCUCUCCGAGUGUCUGAGCGUGCAGCCCCCAAAUGAGAAUCCAAACCUCCCAAGCUUCGUCUCAUCUCAUAAUGCUCUCAAACCAGCACGGUGUGUGAAUGUGAAUGCCAUCCACUUGCCAUCUGACACCAAAGCCACGUCUUCAACAGCGACAGCGCUAUGAGUCGUAAUCAUCUCAGCCUGAGGAAGCACAGAGCCGCCAGUGAGUCGUGAUGGACACCAUGAGCCAAUCCGAAGGAAGGCUGGGAGAGGAUGCACAACUCGACGGCUACAGACCUCAAUCGAUAUCGUUUGCACCUCCACAGACACUGAUCAGCUAUGGAACCCAAUUCAUGGCUCAGAGCUGGCCGCCGCAGCCGUCUUCGAUGUGGAAUGAGAUCUAUUCCUCUCAGUUCAACUGGCAAGCCGCUGCCUCCGCCACAGCGAUCUUGACACAGGAAGGUGUCUUAUAUACCUCAGAGGAUCCGGAUCUGGGGAGUCCUCAAUACAAAUACGAAUCCGCUGCAAGCCUCGAUGCUGCGCCUACUUACUCUCAGCCGUAUGCCCAGCCGAUCAACCAGCAGCUAUCCUCCGAGUUCCGAACCCCCCGCCCUUCCCAGACCCCGCAAAUUGAAACUCAGCCACUCUAUACUAACAUUCCUACCUCCGAUGGAAUCGACUACUCUUAUCCAUAUGCGUACGGUACUGAUCUACGUCCACCAAUGUCUUUCGAUGCGGCUUGGCUACCCAUCGGAAACGAGAGGGGCCGAAGUAUCCAUGUUGCAUCGGACCCUUUGCCAGAUCUGAAAGCUCCUGAAACAUCCUCAAAGGGGUUGGUCCUGGAUUGGUCGACCAGUGAUCAAAUAGCUGGACCUCCUACUACUAUCAACAACUCUUCUUACCAGGCCAUAAUACCAAAACGAAAACACACCUCCCCCGAGCCAGCGCCCAGGAAGGAAUCGACUUCGACCCAGGGCGAACUCGACGAAUUCGUCGUUAUCUUUGAGAACGCUCCUGGUGCGUUGGCAUCUGUUAAGCGGAGACGGAAGUUGGAUGCUCCUGUCAGGAAAGCUGCAAGAGAUGUCCGGAAGGCGGGUGCUUGUCAUCAAUGCCGAUUUCGCAAACGGACUUGCUCAACAGGUACACCAUGCAAUUCUUGUCUAAAGAAUGGCAAUGGGCUUCAUGAUCUUAAAUGCCAAAGGGAAAGCCCAUUCGUUGGGAAACCUAUGCAUCAAUAUUUUGAAUAUUCGUCCAAAAGACGUGUGGUCUCAUUUGACCUUCGCAUUAACACAAAGUCUUUGAAAUCUUUUGAAGAAGAGAUGGUCACUAUCGAUGGCGUCGGACGCCUCUCGCAUCCGAUCCAGCUCCGUACCCGGCGGAAGGCUCUGAAAGAUUUCAAAACAGCCGAACGGGAAAUCAUUAAUCGCACUCGAGAUUCAAAGAAGCUUGUCAAAGCUCAAGAUGAUGAGCUCGAAGAUGUCUUGAUUCUCGAGGAUGAAGCAACGUUCGGAACGCAGGUCGAGCAAUGGGCCUUGGAAUACUCGUCCAAAUUUGUUCACGCAGCUGGCCCAGAGUUCGCUUCCACAACCGCAGCAGUAAUUCUAGGCACAGCCUACGUGAACAAAGGUCUUCCCGAAUCCACCCUAAUAGCAGCCAUGGUCCGCGUCGCCUCCCUGGCAUUCAUUCUCCGCGCCGGCGUAAAAUGCACCCCCACAACUAAUACCUCCAAAUUCUCCUCCUACCGCACGAUCCAAGCAACAAUCGACACAAUCCUCUACGAGCGUCUCAAAAUCGCGGAAAGAGAUCUAUUCCGAAUGCUGCAGCGGCUCGUCUUCCGCUCUGCGGGGUAUCUGAAUAGAGAGCAGGUGUACCCCGUUGCUUUGGUACUCUGGCAGCUUUUGAGAAUUCUAUGUAUCGGAGCUUCUCACCUUUCCAACCUCGUGCAGAGAUUUAGGAUAAAAGCCUGCGAACAAGCAGACUACCAAUUCCACGCCCUCAAGCUCGUCCUCUCCACACACCUCGCACUCUUUCGCUCCUCCAACCCGCUCCUCCUCGAUUUCAACGACAAACUACACCAAGACCUGCUAGGUGGCGAUCAGGAGUUGAUAAAGCUGGCGAUCAAGAUGCGCAAGGUGGUGGUAAGCUUUAGGGAGAAAGGGUUUACGGAUAUGAAGGGGAGUAUUGCGUAUCGCAAGGAGUAUUUUGAUCUUUUUCGACGGGUAUAUGAUGGGUUGUAAGUUCAGGUUGGCCUUGUUAGAGGCAGGAGGCUUUGUUUUCUUUGGUGUUGGUGGUGGGAGCUAGGGGUUGGAUUGUUCGCUUGUACGAUGUGGUGGGUUUGGGCGUAAAACGGAACGGAUAUGCGUGUGGACAGGAUGUAAGUUGAUUAAUGGAUCAUGUAUUUGUGGGAUCUCGUCCCUAAAAUGGGGUAGUAAUACAUAGGCGUCAAGGAAAAGCGGGUUCAGGUUUUACACUCUCUUUUUCC